AUGAAGUUCUCAAGGGCUUUCCCUAUAGUCCCAAGAGAAUGCAAUGGAGACACAAGCGUUUCAAGCUGCGAGAAGCCUACCAGCGAAGUCCUCACUGUCGGCGUGCCGGCAGCCAUUUCAGGCGUGAUCGUCGUGGCGGCUAUCAUUGUUUUCGUUUAUCUUCAUUUCCGGAGCCGUGCGAUUGAGAGACGUGAGGGUCUCAGGGAUAUAGAACUCGCGUCUAGGUACCACCAUGGAAGGUCCCAGGUGCCAGGGAGCCAUUCCACGACGCAUCACUUCUCCGAUCAUCAAACAGCUGGAAAUGGUGGACCUUAUAGCACACCUAGCACCUCUAUGCUACGAUAUGGGCUAGUAGCACCGACAGCGAUGUUGAAAGCUGAAGGCUACCAGGAGAUCCUUGAGCCUCCGUCUUAUGAAAAUUCCCAAGCCACAUCCAAGCAAUCUGAUCGCCCAGAACGUAACCUGACUGGCAACGGCAAGGUUGCCACUUCUUGUUAG